AGGGGGGAGAGAGACACCCAGAGAGACCCAGAGAUUGAGAGACUCCCCCCACUGGAGUCUCCCGCUCUAGUAUUUUUAUCUGUUCGUGAAUCCAUCUCCUCCUCCUCCUCCACACGCCCGUCAGCAAGCGGCCCGCUUCGUCUCCUAGGCGCGGGCCCGAAGGCAGGCAGGGAGGGCGCCCGGAGGCGGAGGCGGAGCAGCCGAGGUCCCUCUUACCUGCAGACCCUCGGCCCCGGACCCCCCGGACCCAUGGAGCCCAAAGACCGCAAGAAGAUCCAGUUCUCCGUGCCCGCGCCCCCCAGCCAGCUGGACCCCCGGCAGGUGGAGAUGAUCCGCCGCCGGAGGCCGACCCCGGCCAUGCUGUUCCGGAUGUCCGAGCACUCCUCUCCAGGUGGUUCCACCUGUCCGUCUCCUGAAGAGGAAGAGUCAUCUCCUUACCAGAGAACCGUGGGUGAGGGUCACCACCUCAAGUCGAAAAGACCAAACCCCUGUGCCUACACCCCCCCGUCUCUGAAAGCCGUACAGCGCAUUGCGGAGUCGCACCUGCAGUCGAUUGGCAACCUGACGGCUGAGGCUGAGGACGAAGAGGAGGCUGAGGCAGAGAGCCGGGGCUGCCAGGAGGAGGAGGAGGAGGAGGAAGAGGAGGAAGAGGACGACGAUGACUCCAGCCAGAGAGAGGUCAUCAAGCUUCGCAGCGAGCCCGAUGGGCAGAUGACUCCCUAUGGCCGGGGGCUGGAGGGAUCCUGGGGUCGCCCACCUCCACUGGAUGAGCAGGAGGACGGAGCCCCCGAAGCCGGGGGGGCAGGGAACCCCUCGCGGAAUGACCCCGGAGACCGCCUCCCGGCCCACUGCACGUAGAGACCCCUCCGGCCCCCGCCCCCCGCCCCUCAAGGAAGGCAGAAGAGGAGGGAUGGAGGGGCUGCCUGCCGCGGCCUUGGCUUGCCCCAGCCCCGGUGCCUGACACCGGUGUCUGUCUGUCUGUCUGCUUGCCUGGCUGCACCCCCCCAGACCCACCCAUCCACCCAUCCACCCACCCCCGGCCCGACACACACACACCACACACACACACCCCCUUCCUCCCCUGGGCACUGUCCUCCUCCCCUUGUCUGGGCACUGCCCGCUUCCCAUCACAGCCACUCACUUCCACCUCCCCUUCUUCCCCACUGGGCCCUGCCCUCCUCCCCUUCUCUGGGCACUGCCCGCUUCCCAUCACAGCCACUCACCUCCACCUCCCCUUCUUCCCCUCUGGGCCCUGCCUUCCUCCCCUUCUCUGGGCACUGCCCGCUUCCGAUCACAGCCUUCCGCCUGCGCCCUCUCCCCGCCUCCUGCUGGGCCCUGGGGAGGCUAAAAUGCGGCAGGGGGACGUGCGGCUCCUGGCUCGAGAUGGGGGGAGGCUUUAUUCCAUUCCGUCCCUUCUUCAUCGGUUUGUCCAGCUUCCCCCUUCUCCCCUCCUCUUGGGUGAGGGUCCCUGCCGGGCAGGACUCCGAGCCGGGGCCGGGAGGCGGGAGGAAGUUUCCGCCCUGUCACAGGGAGUCGCGGCCUACUCUGCCCCUCAGCUGUGAGACCCUCCUGCCUCAUCCCUCUGAUCCUCCCGACCUCCUCCCCACCCAGACCCGAAUCCCCUUGCCCCUGGACACUGCCAGGCCCAGCGCCCCCCACCCCCAACCCCGGGGUCCCCGCUGGCACACCGCCCCCCACCCCCUCAGCCAGAGCAAACCAGGUCCAUCUUUUGUCCCGAAGACUUCCCCCCUUCGAAGCCCCUCUGGGGGGUGGGAGGGAGGGGGCGAGGGGACUAUCUGAGGGCUUACACAUUAGGAAUGCUGCCUGCCGCGUGUGUGUGCGUGGGCGUGCGUGGGGUGGGCGCGUGUGUCCCGCCCGUGGGGGCAACGGAGUCGGGGCCUUGGGGCCUUUGCCCUUCUGCCUCGCCCCACGGGCUCCUCCCUGCCGCCGCCCCCGCCUCCGCCCCUGCUUGAUGCUGGAAUAAAGCUUUGUAAAUAACCCCGA